AUGGCUGCCGAAAUUAGCGCCUGCUCAUCCCUCGAGCUCCCCCAGCGCAUAUCGCGCACUCAUCCCACAGAGGAUCAGUCCGAUGCCCCCUUGCCCACUCCAACCUCCGUGUCGGCCGCCCUCACAGCACCACCCGCAUCCCCGAUGUUCACCCAGCCACCCCUCGAAUUCCCUUUGCCGGCUGUUGAGUUCUCUCUGCGUGAGCUGGCGGCCUGCACGCGUGGCUUCGGCCCCGAUGCCAUGCUGGCAAUGGACUGGGCGGGCGCCGUGUACCGCGGGUGCUGCCACGUGGGCAAAGGCCACGUCGUUGCGCGACGUGGUGGAGGUCUGCAGUCAGAAGAGCCGGCGAAGGAAGCUCCACGUGGUUCCCCCGAUGCGUCGCAGGCUGUGACAGAACGCGGUGCGUCUCCAGCCGACCUGUGUUGCUGUGCCACGUGUCAAGAGCUCACAGCCACCAAGUGCGUGAAUCUAAGAGGCGGCUGCGCGAGGGUGAAGCGCUGGCGGUACCUGCCUUCCUCGUUGCCUCCCCCACCAUCCACGUCAGCAGCUGCCGACGCAACAGGCAGCGGAAGCACGAGCAACGAGCAGGGACCGACAGCGCUAGAUAGCAUGCCGUCUCAUACGCCUGAGGAGGCACAGAGCUCUGGAGACGUGGAUUCUUCAGUCUCUGCAGGGAGGGAGAUGAUGGGGCGUCUGGCAGAAGCAGCAGCGUUGCACACGAACUUGCUGCCGAUUGUGGGAUUCAGCUGCUUGGAAGAGCUGCUGCUGGUCUUCCGCUCCAACCCCUCUGCCCGCUCCCUCGAAUACGCCCUCGCAAGAGAUGCAAUGCUGUGUGGAGCGGGGUCCCCCUCUGCUCUCUCCUCCUGGUCCGCUCGUCUCUCCAUCGCUCGUCAGAUGGCAGGAGGGCUAGCUCACCUCCAUUCCCACAGCUUUCUGCACGCAUCCCUCCGUCCCGCCAACGUGCUUCUGCAUGCUGUUGGAUCAACGCAGCGUUGCAGCUCCCAGCUGCCGAGCCAUCUUUCGGACCAUGAGAAGCGGUGGUGGCGCCACCUGCUUCGACGAAAGGCUCGGGCCGAAACUGCUGCGCAGGUCCGGGUGCAGCUCGCGGAUUACGGCAUGCCCUGCCAGGCUCGGGACGGGCAAGGUUUGGAAGGGAAGAGCCUUGGGUGUGUCGUGUUCGGUGAUGCCAAAUACCUGGAUCCUGCAUUCAUGGGAUCAGGCCGACCGGUUUGGUCCGUCUGUCCCUUUGCGCCCGCGUUUUUCCGUCCCGUCGCCCACGCGAUCUCCUAUCGCCUCCCUUACCCACGCGAUUGUCGCCGCCCUUCCGUGGCUCGUCCCGCUGCCUUCUCAUCGCCCAUCCCAUCGUCCAUCCCGUCGCCCAUACCAUCGCCCAUCUCGUCGCCCAUCCCGUCGCCCAUCCCGUCGUCGAUCCCGUCGCCCUUCCCGUCGCCCAUCCCGUCGCCCCUCCCUCCGCCCUUCCUAUCUCCCCUCGCCUAUCCUCUCCCCCGUCGCCCUUUCCUUCCCCCGUCGCCCUCUCUCUCUCCCGUCGCCCUUUCUCUGUCACGUCGCCCUUUCUCUUUCCCGUUGCCCUCCCUCCCGUCGCCCUUUAUCUCUCCCGUCGCCGAUCCUCUCUCCCGUCGCCCUUCCUUUCUCCCGUCGCCUAUCCUCUCUCCUGUCGCCCUUUAUCUCUCCCGUCGCCUAUCCUCUCUCCCGUCGCCCUUUCCCUCUCCCGUCGCCUAUCCUCUCUCCCUCGAAACAGUCAUCGCCCUUCCUCUCUCCCCUCCCGUCACCCACCUCGGCGCCCUGGCGCUCGCCCCGAAAUGCCUGCCCGUCGCCCUUCGUUUCUCCCCUCCCAUCACCCAUCUCGGCACCUUCGCGCUCGCCCCGAAAUGCCUGCAAGUCACCCUUCCUUUCUCCCCUCCCAUCUCCCCAUACCCUACCAUUCCACAAUUUUUGCUCAAUCAGCUCUCUACGUGCGUCGUCGUUACCUUCUCGUUCUUCCUUUUUUUAUUCCUAACAUAA